AUGAAUUUUCUAGAAGACUUAGGGUCAGGCUUUCAUUCCCUUUCAAUAAAUGAUCCUCAUCUACGCUUGGCAGAACAUGAUAUUGACGACGCGAUGGAUAUUGAUUUCACAAAUGAAUUUGGCUAUAUUGACAAACUAAGUGCUCACGAAGGCUCAGAAGACGAUGAUGUCGAUGUCGAAGAGGUGGACGAUUCCAACACUGGAAAAGACGCUGAAAUUGAGAAAGGAGAAAAUGCGUCUUCAUUUGAGAAUGACUCCUUUCUUGGAAUCUUAAGUCCCACUGCGUUAGGUGCUCGAUUUGCAUUACUACCACAGAAACUACUCAUGGCCCCUCCAACAACUGAAUCUCAAAGUUCAAGAAGAAAUUCAUCUGUUGACUACGAGUUUGACACUAGUGACAUAAGUAAAUCACAGUUGGUUAAGACGAGCUUCGCUCAAACUAAUAGCUCCAAUUUUAUUCUGGAGCCUUCACAGGAUAUCUUCCAAACGAAGUCCAAAGAUCAAGAUUACACAAGUGGAUAUAUGGCGCCAGCUAGCAACUCACAAUCAUCACGUUCAAAUCUCAAUUAUCUUUCAGGCUCUCUGCCCUUUUCAUCAGGGAUGUUCGCCCAAAGUAAUUUGGGAUUUCCUCCCGUUAAUCCUCAUUCACAGCAUCAAACAAUCAUUCACCACCAUCAUUACUAUGCAAAUGAUCAUAAUAGCGUAUCUCCAGUAUCUUCUAGCGAAUUAGCUGCAUCUCUGAGCCUUAUGACGCUGCUCAAACAAAAUACAAAGUUACCCCAUCAAUUAGCUGACCUACAAAGAAGUGAUCACACUGGACAGUCUCCUUCGAAUCAAUUAGUGAGCUAUGAAAAAUGGGCAAAGAAUGAACAACUUGUCCCAUUUACAGGCGCCCACUUGACCCCUCAUUUGCCAUCGCCAUGGGACACAAGAGCUGUUCCAGCAGAGAGGAUGCCAUAUGUGAUCCUGUCGUAUCUCCAGUUGAUUACAAAUACGCUUCUUUCGGUUUUUGCUUUGCACAUACUAGUUGCAAUGGUUCAGGCGAUUCGAAGUGAUGUCAGUCACAAAAUGGCUCUGGAAGCCAAUAAUUUACUAAUAGAAAUUGCUCUGUGUAGGCGUGCCUACUCAGAGAACAAUUGUGACCCAAGUCAACGGGUCCCCGCUUUGGAACAGAUGUGUGAAUAUUACGAGAAAUGCAUGCUCCAGGAUCCAUCACAAGUCGGCAAUCGCUCGCGAAUCGGCGCUCAUACUCUUGGAGUAAUCCUCAAUUCAUUGAUCGAGCCACUUGGACUUAAAUUUUUGGGUGUGGGGUCUUUUUUUGUUGUUUUGAUUUUUGCAUGCAAUUUCGGUUUUGGGUACAUUCGUGCUAGAGCGUAUUACGGAAUGACGUUGCAGAGACAGACUGCGACGAGUAACUAA